AUGGACAUUACCGUUAGAAGUACAAAGCUUUAUAGAUGGGAUUCAUCUGUUUAUUUCCUCUUCAAUUUACUAGGUUUAGUCGUUACUGUUACUGCAUGUACAGCCAUCUUUAAGGUAAUUUUACCAAACGAACUAGCUUCUGCUGGUCACAUUCAAUUUUUAACCAAUCUAUCACUACUAUUCACAAUAUUCACCAUUCUCUCAAAUAUUUUGACCAUUCUGGUGCCUUCUUCUUUAGUCAACUAUGUCAACAUUUAUAUGAAUGCUAUUUCAAUCAUUUUGGAAACUUUAGUUGCUUUAAUCUAUUGGAGUUUGAGGAUUUUCUUCAUUCACUUGAUUGUUCCAAAGGGUGUCACAAAGGAAAACUUCAUCCCUGUUCAUACUGAUGUUGCGGUUCAUCUUUUCCCUAUCACAUUCUUGUCAUUAGAUUAUUAUUUCAUCAAAUAUCAAAACUUUAACAUACCAACAAUCAAUGUGCUUUUGAUAGUUACUGCAUUAACUUCAGCUUAUUGGUUCCUAUUGGAAUAUUUGAUUGUCCCACCAGCAUCAUAUCCAUACCCAUUUUUGAAUGUUGCUACACAAGAAAGAUUGGUUAUUUUUGCUUUUGUCGCUUUGGCAGGAUUCGUCUUCUACCAUGCUUUUAACUCGUUGCACAAGCCUAUUAGAUCUUUGAUUUAUAAAGCUGAAGGCAAAGCUAAAUCAGCUUGA